AUGUUCCAACGACUGUCGGUAUCCAUCAAGCACAAUGCACACAUCAUAUUUUUAUGCUUGAGCUGGUAUUUUAUUUCCUCAUUAGCAUCUCAAGUAACUAAGAGGGUUCUGACGGUUUGCCCGCUACCAUUGUUUUUGGGUGAAUUUCAAUUCAUUUACACUGCCAUGCUAGCAUGGUGUUCAUGUUUCAUUGCGUACAGUUUCCCAAGUUUUUAUCGCAUAUUUCCUAUGGGCACUUUUCCGGAAUAUUAUAGCAGUGACAGAGAAGCUGGCCGUAUGGUGAGGAAACCAUCAAAACUAGGCUCCCUUAUUAUACCACCUUCCAGACCAAUAAUACAAACAGUUUUACCCUUAGGUCUUUUCCAAUUUGUUGGUAAAUAUUUUGGCCAUACAGCUACUUCCUUGGUGCCAGUUUCUACUGUUGCCAGUAUAAAAACACUAUCUCCCAUGUUCAUCCUUUUGCUUCAAAAGCUUUUGAAGAUUUCCACUUUGAAAGUCACCUUAACUCUCAUCUUCAGUCUAUGCACUUUAGUUCUUGGGGUUUGGAUUAUUGUUCAAGAGGACAACCGUUUACCGGCCUCUUCUACUGAUCCGAGUGAAUUCUCUAAGUAUGGUAUCACAUGCGCUAUGAUAUCGAUGUUCAUUUUUGUUCUCCAAAAUAUAUACGGCAAGGCCGUAUUCACAUACAAAUCUCAAACAAAUGGUUCGCCAACUGGCUCAGGAUUCUCUCGCCAAGAAUCGCCUUUACCCAUAUAUGAAAAGUUGGAUGAAAAACUUGUCACGGAAAACAAACCGAAGUCAUAUGACAAACUGACUUUGAUGAUUUAUAUUUCUCUUGUCGGAUUUUGCUUGUCUUUUGGUUGGUUUAUCGUGUUAGAAUUUCCUGUAUUAUUUAAUUAUUUUUUUCAAAUUAACAGUUCAUCCACAGUAAUUCAAGCUUUUCCGGUAUCUUUAUUUUUACUGAACGGAACGUUUCACUUCAUCCAAGCGAUGAUAACUUUCCAUUUACUAGGUGAGGUUUCAACUUUAACAUAUUCAAUUGCAAAUCUAAUGAAACGGUUUGCCAUCAUUGCGGUUAGUUGGGUUUUCAUCGGAAGAGGAAUUACCUGGCUGCAAGUUUUCGGUUUGGUUUUAAACACAUUGGGACUAUUUCUGUAUGAAAGAUGCACGUCACAAUCAAAAACAAAAGCAAAGUUACGUCCCGAAUAA